GUGAACAGGGAACGCGCGCGGGCGACUUGAAAGGCCUCUCCCGGAGAGAGGUGCGCGCACGGCCGGCCUCUGGGAUUGGCUUCCUGGCCUCCUUCGCUGCAGCAGCGCCGCUGCCCACCUGUCGGCUCCUCCGUCCUGCCCUGCCCUGCCCUGUCUUUUCCUCUCGUUCCCUGUCCUUUCUCCGCGCCCGGAGAGGCUGCCUGUCGGCGUUUAAGGGCGGAGCUCGGGCCCUCCUCCUCCUCCCCCGGCGCCCCAGUCCCGCUCGCCUCCUGGCCACGCGCGAAGCCUACCGGAGCCCCUCCUCUUCUUUUCCUCGAAGGGAAACUCCGAGACCGGCAGCUUGGGCCUCCCUCAGUCCCCAAGAGCCCGCCAGCUUUUUGCUUCACAGUGUGUAAAUGUCAUGCAAGACUCAAAGGUUUUAUGAUGAUGAUAAUUUACAUCAAGAAAUCAACAAAAUGAAAUUUGGAAAAAUAUGCAUAAAGAAAACAGACCGUUACGUUCUAAUGCCUCCGAAGAAAGCGUUGUGAAGCAAUGGAAAGAACUGACAAGCAAAAUGGACGCUUUGAAACAGCCCAUGGUGAGGAUGAGGAUGGAACUGUUUCUGUUCCCUCGUCACCUCUUCCUCUCUGCUUGAACAAUAUGGAAAUGUUGGAAAAGGCCAGGGAGCUCUUCCAUCUCUGUGACAAGGAGGGAAAGGGCUUUAUUACCAAAGCUGACAUGCAACGGUUGCAAUGUGAGCUGCCUCUCACCACUGAACAACUAGAAGCUGUUUUUGAUAACCUGGAACAAAACAAUAAUGGUUAUCUCACCCCAGUUGAAUUCAGUAUGGGUCUAGGAAAAUUCAUUGGAAUUGAACAGUACCAAAGCUCUGAAAGCACCAGACAUGAGGAGACAUUUGAGUCUGGCUGGUCAGAUGAUUUGGACCAGACAGAUGAGGAGGAGAAGAGAUUUUGCUCCCUGCUGGAACAACUAGAUUCAUUUCAAGUCUUUGAAGAUCAGAGUGAGGUCCAGGAGCUUUGGGCUCGUCUUCGGAAAGAGCAGCCAGAGCUCUUGGGCACUUUUGAAGAAUUAAUUUUUCGCAUUUCCUCAUAUCUUAAGGAUGUACAACAGGAGAAAGAGUCCAUGGAACUGGUGUUAAAAAGGCGGGAGAUAGACCAUGACAGAGAAAUCAGGUGCCUCUAUGAAGAAAUGGAGCAGCAAAUUAAGGCAGAAAGAGAACAGCUGCUCUGUCAGGAAUCCACAAAGCAGGGCAAGAGCAGCCUGCUCCAAAAGGAGCUGCGGAACAAAGAACAAGAAUUUGAGAAAAUGCUUUGUCAUCAGAAAAAGCUGGAGCUUCAGUUACAGUCCCAGAACUCAAUGCAGCUGGAGAUAAGAGUGCAAAACGAGAGGCUACAGAUUCUGAAUGAAAGCCUCCUGGAUCAGCUGGAGAGAAGCAGAUGGGAGCUGGAGGUAGCCCAGGGCCAACUUCAACACCUACAGAAAGAAGCCCAGCUUGAACAGGAACAGAAGGACAGGGAUGUGUUUAAAGUCUCUAAGAAUAUGCAAAAAGAAAAGAAAAGCCUCCUGCGACAACUGGAGCUUCUCAGGGAGAUGAACAAGAAGCUGAGAGAUGAGAGGGACGCCUUUGAAGCCAAGAAGCUGACUGCUACUGAAAGGAAAAAGUCCCAGUGGAAGAAAGGGUCAAUGAUAGGCAAAUACCUAGUGGAAGAGAAGCCAGCCAAAUGUCAGCUUUUUCCUGGAAAUUUUCCUCUUGUCUUGCCCGAAGAUACUAUAAUGGAAGAACCUACCAACAACAAUUGUAAAUUGUUUCCGAAAAGCAUGACCAAUUUGAAGGAUGAAAGAGGAACUAAUCUAUCAGUGAAACAAUCUACAGCUUCUAGGAAAGUAACAGAGAAGCAGAAAAUUUCAAGAAACAGUGGGACUCCAAGGUCUCUGAAAAGCAAUACGAAUAGGAGAGAGAUGCAUGAGCCCAUGGAUCUUCUUUUGUUCCCAAGAGGAAAGCCCAUUGACGAUGACACUAAGAGAUCUGAAUCCUCUCCUGAUCGUGUCUUCAAAGUGGUGUUUCUUGGUAACUCCGGAGUUGGCAAGAGUUCCUUCAUCCAUCGCUUUUGCUACAACAGAUUCUUGUCUGAAAUCAAUUCCACCAUUGGCAUCGAUUACCAGGUGAAGAGUUUGAUGGUUGACAAUAUGCAGGUGGUUUUACAGCUAUGGGAUACAGCUGGGCAGGAAAGAUUCCGGAGUAUCACGAAACAGUAUUUCCGAAGAGUGGAUGGAGUCCUGGUCAUGUAUGACACCACAGCUGAAUGCACCUUUGUGGCUGUUCGGAACUGGAUGUCAUGUGCCCAGGAUGGGGUUGAAGAUGAUGCAGUGAUGUUUCUGCUUGGAAACAAAAUUGACAUAGCUGACAAACAGAAACCCAAAAUACCCAGGACUGCAGGUGAAAGGCUAGCAAAGGAAUAUAAGGCUGUUUUCUAUGAGUGCAGUGCAAUGACUGGCUAUAACAUUUUGGAGCCCAUGCUGCAUAUGGCAAGGCUCCUGACAGCACACGAGGACAGGCAGAGAGAGUGGGCACUGCACCUGGAGGAAUACAACAAUGGAAAGGGAUGUUGUUUGUAACAGACCUCAUUCAAGAACAUGUCAUAAAAUAUACCAGUUGAAGAGAGAGAGACAGAAUGAGCUGUCUCUGAGAAAGAUAUGGAUAGAUGUUCUUGACAGCACUGGGACUGCGGGAAGAUGAAAAAUCCUUUUUUUUCCUUCAAAAAAAUUGACAUGGCAUUACUUGUAGCUGAAAAUCACCCAUGUAUUAUCCAUGUUGCUUCAGGUAUUAGUCUGAGUUACAGCUCAGGGAUACAACAUUUAUUAGUGUGUCAUUAUAAGUUCAUUCUUCUGGUUUGUACAAACUUACUUAGAAAAACGGGAAAAUACAUUUCUAUGUAAUUUCACCGGGUUCAUUUAAUUAUAAACAAAACAAUUUGAACAAA